AUGGGUAUCUUCCGUCGUUCGAUGAGCUCUAGCUCUUCACGAUCAUCACGUCCUUCGACUAUCAACUCAUCUGCAUCCGGCACCGCAAGCUCAAGGACGAGCAUAGACUCUACUCUCGAAGAAUACGAAAUUGCAGAUUCUCUGGCUACAAUUAAGCAAUUACCAACGUCAUCGCCAAAGGCUCCGAUACUUAGUCUCCCACUCGAACUUGUCCAGCAAAUCAGCACCUACCUCGACACUGCUUCCGCAGCAGCCUUCUGUCUGUCCAGUCGAUACAUCUACUACGCUCUCGGCACUGAAGCUCUUUCUCGCCAUGUCGAGGGGAGCAAGAACCGUUUUGAAAAGAGAAAGACCAUCGAAGCCGUAGUAGAGCGUGCCUUUCCUGGUCAAUGGUUUUGCGCUUGGUGCGAUAAAUUCCACGCCUGGAGUGCUGAGGAUGGACCAAAGAACCAACAGCAAACAGGGAAGAAAAAAGAUUGUGCAGACUUCAAUAGUUACUUGAAUGCUGGAGACGGAUACAAACUACGCUAUCAUCAUGUUCGACUGGCCAUCAACGGUGCUUUGUGGGGAGAAGAACACGGCAUCCCCCUUUCUGCGUUCACUUACGAGAAGAAAGAAAUGGCGCGGAUCUCUAGAACACCCGUCCCCACUAAACUCAGUCUCUCCGCCAGGAUAAUACAAGGCCAUUUCCUGUUACACAGCUCCUACGCAAUCAUCCUUCCCACUUUCACAACGAGGAAUCGUAACCUCUUGAAGUCGCUUUGGCCUCUCCUUCCACAUAUCGUUACCGGCCACCGCGACACACCAAACGGUCACACCGGUCUCAUGGCCGCCAUUGAUAACGUGAUUCGCCGAGGUUGGAAGUACCAGUUUACGCAGAACUGCUCGACCUGUGCGACGGAUUGGAGUGUGACUACCCAGGACUUUUCGCAUGCAACUGGUGGACAGGUUAGAUUGGUGGUGCAGAGCUGGAGGGAUCUGGGCACGGGGAGGACGCCAUUCGAGACAGGCUGGAGGGCGCAUGGCGUAGGAAGUUGUGCUGAGGGUAGCGGGGCUAACACUUGUCUCGUAAGACUUACCAGUCUACCUGCGGGAACUGUUAGACGCGCGUUUGAGGCUGCGGGUGUGGACGAUGCAGCAGAAGAUGCAGAUACAGGCGAUGUGGCCGCAAAGAAUACGUCCAAGUCGCGUAUCUAUCGGUCGUUCAUGAAGAGGACUAUGUCGGAAGAAGACGAUGGUGAAAUUAGACGGUCCAGUGCAAGACCGCGCUAUUGGCGUACACGAGAAGAGAAUGAAGAAGUGGCGCGGAAAUAUGAAGAGGAUAGACGAGAUGUUGCGAGAAGUGUUGCUGAAGAGCUAGUCAGACUUGAUGCUCAGCGUGGUAGAGGGCUAUUCUAG